CCAACAUCGGUCCUUGUUGCUGCUGCCCCUGCUGCACCGCCUCUUCAGGUUGACACUUUAGCUGUCGACUCCUUCUCCGCUAGCAUAGAAGAGCUAUUCAGAGACGUCGGUAGUGACAUCAGCGGCAAUGUGAAUGGGCCUCCACUAGCACCGUAG